UUUAUGAGAUAGUACAGCUAUGUGAAAGGUUAAGCAAAGGGAAGGCUGACUGUGACUCGGUGCAGCUUAUUUAAGUGUCAAGGUGGUUUCUCUUCUAGGUGUAGUGGUGAGAAUGGAGGUAAGUGGAAUGGAGCUCUGGCUGUGUGUGUUGAUCGCAACUACCAAUGCUGCACUGCUGAUGGUGAGAUGGAGUAGAAGUCACUUGUCAUGGUCAGUGGUUCUCGUGGUGGUGGAGGUGAUACUGUGCUAUUGGAUAUCAAACGGAAGUGUGGCAGCGAUACUGCUGAGUGCCGGCUGUGGCUGCUGUGUGAUCCACUUCACUGCAGGAAGAAAAGAGGACAUACUGCCUGUGCAAGGCAAAGCAGUGCUCAUUACAGGUUGUGACUCUGGUUUUGGAUACAAUCUUGCUAAAAUCCUGGACAAAGCUGGGAUAAAGGUGUAUGCUGGAGUGCUGGAGGAAUUCGGACCUGGCGCACAGAGGCUCAGGGAAGUUUCUUCUGCACAGCUUACCAUCCUACAGAUGGAUAUCACUGAUAUCAACCAAAUCUCUGAAGCACAUAAGCUUAUCAAGAGUCAAAUAGGAGAGGCAGGUCUUUGGGGACUGGUGAACAAUGCAGGAGUGCUUGGACAUACAUGUGAUGGAGAACUUCUUCCCAUGAGAAUAUUAAGAAAAAUCAUGAAUGUGAAUUUUAUUGCUGGUGUGGAGGUGACCAAAGUUUUCCUGCCUUUGAUAAGACAAGCACAAGGAAGGAUUGUGUGUGUAUCCAGUAUGUCAGGAGAAGUUCCGUUUCCUGGUUUUGCUGCAUAUGGAGCAUCUAAAGCAGCUGUACUUUCUUACUAUGGAGCUCUGAGACAGGAACUGUCUCGCUGGCGUGUUAAAGUAGUCAUUGUUCAGCCAGGGGGCUUUAAGACAAAUAUUUUAGGUAAUCAAGAGGACUGGAUUAAAAUCCAAAAGGAGAUCCUCAGCACUCAGCCCCGAGAAGUAAUAGAUGUAUAUGGAGAAGAGUACAUCUGCUCUAUGCAGCACCGUUUAAGUAAUAUGAGUGCUCACGCCUGUACCGAUUUCAAGCCAGUUCUGGAUGAUUUACAACACGCAUUACUCUCAGAAAAACCAAGGCCCUUUUACCACCCGGGACACACCGCCUGGGCCAUUCCAGUCCUACAAAGGAUCUGUCCUACACUGCUGUUUGAUGCUAUUUUUGCACAGAUAUUUCCUUUAACAAGUUCUGCCCAGUAGGCCUGGCUUCCAAAAGUUGAAACACUUUAUAAUGAGAAUAUGCAUAUAGUGUAAACUUUUUUGCACAUGGGAUGUGCUCUCUCUCUGAAGCAAUCAAGAUGUGAUUGAAGUGUUCACUUUUAGCUUUAGUUCAAGGAGUU